UUAUUCAAUCAGGACGAGCUGAGCAACCUCUGAAUGGACUUUAGUACCUCCUGCAGAUAGACUGGUGGAGCUCAGCUGCACAAUGGCUGACUGGGACUAUGACUAUCUCAUUAAGCUGCUGGCCCUGGGUGACUCCGGGGUGGGAAAGACCACCUUUCUCCACAGGUACACCGACAACAAGUUCAACCGCAAGUUCACAACCACAGUUGGCAUUGACUUCAGGGAAAAGAGAGUGAUGUACACCGGGAAGGCUGCUGAUGGGAUGACUGACAGGAACUACAAGGUCCACCUUCAGCUAUGGGACACAGCAGGACAAGAAAGGUUUCGCAGCCUCACUACAGCUUUCUUCAGAGACGCCAUGGGUUUCCUGCUGAUGUUCGACCUGACCAAUCAGCAAAGUUUCCUCAACGUCAGGAACUGGAUGAGUCAGCUUCAGGCCAAUGCGUACUGUGACAGUCCAGACAUCGUGUUGGUGGGCACCAAAGCAGACCUCCUAGAUCUGAGGGAUGUUCACGCCAGGCAGGCCAGGGAUCUGGCCGACAGAUACGGCAUCCCCUACUUUGAGACGAGUGCAGUUACGGGCAUCGAUGUAAACCAGGCGGUGACCACCCUGCUGGAGCUGGUGAUGAAGAGGAUGGAGCACAGCUCUUACGGGGGCCGCGGCUCAGAACCCAACGGUAGCCCCGUGGCCAGCAGUGAACUGGUCGAGGCACCUGUGAGGAGAAGGUGUGCCUGCUGAUGUUGCCACUGACAGCCACUCUUUUUUCACAUUUGCACCAAUUAACACUGCAUCAUUAAAACGUCACUGUUUGCUGGAGCUUGAACAGGGUGCCUGCCACUGUCGGUACGGCAGGAGAUCAGACUAGAACUUUGGAAAUCUGUCUCUUUUCAUUUGAAGCAAUAUUUUUAUUACGGUGUGAAUUCCUGUCUUGGUAUUUGCCGUCUGUAACAUUAUUUAU